AUGGAGAAAAAUGAGAUAGAAAUGAAGAAAAGAGUUGAACAAGAUGAAAUACCACAUGAUGAAGAAGAGCCUGAUGAGAAGAUUAACUACAGAGGAAUCAAAGCCAUGCCAUUUAUCAUAGGGAAUGAGACAUUUGAGAAGCUUGGAGCCAUUGGCACCUUAUCAAACCUUCAAGUGUAUCUAACUUCAGUUUUCAACAUGCGACGAAUUUCGGCGACAUUGCUUCUCAACGUUUUCAACGGCACGACCAAUAUAUCGACUCUAGUCGGAGCCUUUCUUUGUGACACCUAUUUCGGUCGUUACAAAACGUUAGGAUUCGCCUCGAUUGCCUCGUUAUUAGGACUGCUUGCCAUAGCUAUGACAGCCGCUGUCCCGAGCCUCCACCCGCCCCACUGCUUCCCGGGCCAGCGGUGUGUGGACCCCGAUUCGGCCCAGAUGGCAUUUCUCAUAUUCGGGUUCGGGCUCAUGGUAGUCGGGGCCGGUGGCAUUCGGCCCUGCAACAUGGCCUUUGGAGUCGAUCAAUUCAAUCCCCACACGGACUCGGGCAAGAAGGGAAUCGACAGCUUCUUCAAUUGGUACUACUUCACGAUCACUUUCGCACAGAUCGUGUCUCUAACGUUAGUCGUGUACGUGCAGUCGAACGUGAGCUGGUCAAUCGGGUUAGGCAUCCCCACGGCUUUCAUGCUGAUGUCGUGUUUUCUGUUUUUUGCCGGGACUAAGAUAUACGUGAUGGUGAGGCCCGAGGGGAGCCCGAUUACGAGCUUGGUUCAAGUGAUGGUGGUGGCUUUUAAGAAGAGGAAGUUGGAGCUGCCUAAGGAGCCAUGGAUUGAUCUGUUCAAUUAUGUGCCACCAAAGUCUAUCAAUGCUAGGCUGCCUCACACUGAGCAGUUCAGAUUCUUGGACAAAGCUGCAGUGGCCACACCCGACGAUUGGGUUAACCCGGAUGGGUCGCCCGCCGACCCGUGGAGCCUGUGCACGAGCCAACAAGUCGAAGAGGCCAAGUGCAUCCUCCGAGUCAUCCCCAUCUCCCUCACGGCCGUACUCUACCACAUCGGAGUCCAACAACAGUACGUCGUCUUUCAAGCCCUCCAAUCCGAUCGCCGCCUCGUCGGAACCAAAUUCCAAAUCCCGGCCGCCUCGUACGUGGUUUUCCCGAUGCUCGGCCUCUCCCUGUGGGUCCCGAUCUACGACCGCCUCCUCGUCCCCCUCGCCCGCCGCUUCACCGGCGUCCCCACCGGAAUCACCGUCCUCCAGCGCAUGGGCGCCGGAAUAUUCCUCACGGUGAUCGAGUCCCUCGUCGGGGGUUUCGUCGAGGCUCGGAGGCGAUCGCUUGCGGUGGGGCCCGUCUCGUCUAUGUCGGCCAUGUGGCUCGUCCCGCAGCUAGGGCUUGGUGGGCUGGCCGAGGGGUUCAAUGCGAUUGGGCAGCUCGAAUUCUACUACAAGGAGUUUCCCGAGAACAUGAAGAGCGUGGCGGGGGCUUUUUUCUUCUGCGGGAGCGCGGUUUCGAGCUACGCGUACAGCCUGUUGAUGGCGAUCGAAAUUUCCAUUCUCGGUGUGAUGUGGCACGAGGUGGCGCCUAGUCAGAUCGAAAUUUCCAUUCUCGGCGUGAUGUGGCACGAGGUGGUGCCUAGUCAGAUCGAAAAAAUUGCACUAUUCGUACACUAA